AUGGUUCAUGACAGAGGAUAUCUAGUGUCACAGUCUGAACUAGACAUGGAUUUAGAAUCUUUCAAACGUACAUUUGCACCUUCUGGUGAUGUUGACCGCGAUCAGUUGACAUUUGUGGUUCAAAAAAGAGAUUCACCUACAGACCAACUGCUUGUUUUUUUCCCUAAAGACGCUUCUGUUGGUGUGAAGCCAUUAAGAACUUAUGUUGAACGUAUGGCUCAACAGCAAAUUCCCAAGGGCAUCUGUAUCUAUCAAAAAAGUAUGACUUCCUCAGCUAACAAGGUUAUUCAAUCUCUACCAUCAAAGCACACUCUUGAAUCAUUCCAAGAAAGUGAAUUAUUAGUCAAUAUCACACAUCAUGUCCUAGUACCCAAGCAUGAAGUUCUAACACCUGAAGAGAAAGCCACAUUAUUGCAAAGAUAUCGUUUGAAAGAAACACAAUUACCCCGUAUUCAGCAUACCGAUCCUGUUGCCAGAUAUUACGGUUUGAGACGUGGACAGGUUGUGAAGAUUUUGAGAGAGAGUGAGACAGCUGGUCGUUAUGUCAGUUAUAGAUUGUGUAUUUAA